GAAAUUUGGUGCUUUUUGAAUUUGAUUUUAAAAGUUUUCGUAAACAUCAUUGCCUCCAUUAUCAUCACGAGGAUCAAUGAUUCCCUAACUUCUGCUUCUUCAUCACGCUUCUCUGAAUCUGGUCCCCCUUUUUACCGUUCGAUUCCCGAUUGUCGACCAUCCCUCUAAUCUAUUGGUAAGGAUCGAUCAGUUAUCAUGGAUCCCUCUGUGCAAGCUACACAAAACCGUGUUCUAUCGGUGAAACUGUGGCCCCCAAGUCAGAGUACCCGGCUAAUGCUUGUUGAGCGGAUGGCCAAGAACCUAACGACUCCUUCAAUCCUCUCCAGAAAAUAUGGCCUGUUGAGUCUGGAAGAGGCUGAAGAAGACGCCAAACGGAUAGAAGAGGUGGCUUUCGCUACUGCAAACAAACACUUCCAAAAUGAGCCUGAUGGUGAUGGCAGCUCUGCUGUGCAAAUAUAUGCCAAAGAAUCGAGUAAGCACAUGCUUGAAGUGAUCAAACGUGGCCCACAGGUAAAGUCCCAUGUGGAGUUGAAGAUUGAAAAUGUUCUGUUUGAUAUAUCUGGUGGUCGUAGGGCAUUUAUUGAAGGGGAAGAAACUAGGGAACUCUUGAGACCUUUGACUGAGCCGCAAAACUCCUUCACCAAAAUUUGUUUUAGCAACAGAAGUUUUGGCUUGGAAGCAGCUAAUGUUGCAGCGACCAUCUUGACUUCUAUCAAGGAUCAGCUGACAGAAGUGGACCUUUCAGAUUUUGUGGCAGGUAGGCCAGAGGCAGAAGCACUUGAAGUCAUGAAUAUGUUCUCCUCGACCUUGGAGGGUUGUCAGCUGAGAUACUUGAAUCUUUCGGAUAAUGCCUUAGGUGAAAAAGGAAUUAGGGCAUUCGGGUCUCUCAUUAAAUCUCAGAAAAAUCUGGAGGAGCUUUAUUUAAUGAAUGAUGGCAUCUCAGAGGAUGCUGCGCGGGCAGUUCGUGAGCUUCUUACUUCAACGGACAAAAUCAGAGUCCUUCAAUUUCAUAACAACAUGACAGGAGAUGAAGGAGCAAUUGCUAUUGGAGAGAUAGUUAGGGGGUGCCCAUCUUUAGAAGAUUUCCGGUGUUCAUCCACGAGAAUUGGUUCAGAAGGCGGUGUUGCCCUAGCCGAAGCACUUGAGUGUUGUACCCGUUUGAAGAAGCUUGAUCUCCGUGACAACAUGUUUGGUGUAGAUGGUGGGAUUGCUUUGGCCAAGGCUUUAUCAAGGCUGACCGAUCUGACUGAGAUCUACCUGAGUUAUCUGAACUUGGAGGAUACCGGCACAGAUGCUCUUGCUGAGGCCCUAACAAAAUCUGCUGCUCCUAUCGAAGUUCUGGAAUUGGCUGGGAACGAUAUUACUGCAAAGUCCUCGGCUAAAUUGGCAACUUGCAUUGCCUCGAAACUGUCGCUUAUGAAGUUGAACCUGUCAGAAAACGAACUCAAAGAUGAAGGGUCGAUCUUGAUUGCCAAAGCAAUAGAAGGCCAUGAACAGCUGGCGGAAGUAGACUUGAGCACCAACAUGAUCAGAAGGGCUGGAUCAAGGGCUUUGGCGCAAGCUGUUGUGAACAAACCCGGGUUCAAGCUGCUGAACAUAAACGGGAAUUUUGUAUCAGAGGAAGGUAUUGAUGAGGUGAACGAAAUAUUUAAGGAUUCCCUGGAUAAGCUUGGACCAUUGGACGAUAAUGAUCCCGAUGGAGAAGAUAUCGGUGAUGAAAGUGAAGAAGAGGAGGCUGAAGAAGAUGAGGAACUGGAAGCAAAACUAGGAGGCCUUAAAAUUAAGCAAGAUGGGGAAUAGGAGGUAACAUGAUAGUUCGUUCUCUCACCGUUUCCAUGUAGUUGGUAUAUUUUUAUUGAAUUAUCUCCAACAAUUCUUGGAAUCAGCUUGUUCUUUAGAAGGGGGAGAUGUUAUGAACAUUUUAAUGUAGCCGCAGGUGAAAGAUCUAAAGGCUAAAGCUUUGUCAUCAGAAACUUGGAUUUAGGAGCGAUAUUCUUGUAGAACAGAACCGUUGAUCUUCUGUUACAUAAAAGCAUUGUUAUUUGGGUCACUA